CUCGGGCACAGAGCGAAAGUCAUGGCCGCGUCCUCCUCUCCCCCGAUGCGAGGCGGCAGCAGUGCAGGGACCAGCAGCGGCGCAGCAGCAGCAGCACCAGGCGGACGCUGCAGCAGCGAGCAGCGCUUGGGAGGGCGGCCCACCAAUGAGGGGAGGAAGAGAGCGGCGCGCCGCGACCUGGCCAAGGAGCGCGCGCGUUCCUGCCGCCGGUCUCUGGUGAGGAGAGACUCGCCAGCCGCCGUCGCCAUGAGAAGCGGGCUCGCGACGCUGCUCGCCGUCGCCUCGCUGCACACGUGGAGCGCCACGCUGGCGCUCAGGGUCCUGGACCACAGACUCUUCGGCGCUACUCGCACCAUAAAGCUCAAGCCGUGCCAAAACAGGGUGACCAGCCAAGAAGGCACCUGCAUGUUUGCCUGGGACUGUUUCAGCGCGGGUGGUACCCACCUCACAUACUGCACAGACUCUUUUUACACGGGUAGCUGUUGCAAACUGCCGCCCGGGGUCGUCGUGCAGCAACACGACAUGCCUUCGGAACCUGCCAACAGCAUUGAUUCGGUGCCAUACGAGGGUGACGAUGACUACAAGAAGAGAACGAAACGCCCUCCGACGAGCACGCCCAAAACGACGUUGCAUAUGUCGUCCAAGACAACGCAGCCAGUUACCUUCGCGGUGACAACGCUGAGCCAUACACCAUUGCCAACCACUACGGGGGCUACACCUUUUGUAGGUCUCUCGACGUUUACGCCAGGCCUAAUCACGUGGAGGCCUCACGAGACUACUUUGCCGUUUCUUCCCGACGAACCGCCAUCAACAGUGCCAAAUGAUUACGAGUCAAGUGCCAGCGUACCGGACACGACAACAUUUCCGACCACGACUGCUAAGAAACAGACCACGCGAGUGCCUGUUCCGACCACGCGAGCGCCUGUUCCGACCACGCGAGCGCCUGUUCCGACCACGCGAGCGCCUGUUCCGACCACGCGAGCGCCUGUUCCGACUACGCGAGCUCCUGUUCCGACCACGCGAGCUCCUGUUCCGACCACGCGAGCUCCUGUUCCGACCACGCGAGCUCCUGUUCCGACCACGCGAGCGCCUGUUCCGACCACGCGAGCGCCUGUUCCGACCACGCGAGCGCCUGUCACGACCACACGGAUACCAAUCGUGGCGAGCACAUUCCUCACUCCUGAAGAAACAACGGGAGCGAAAACUUCAGAGUCUGCUCCCCAGACGACAACGAAGGUCACAACGGAGCAACCAGUCGAAACGAGCAGCAAGCCAACGGAAACGGUCGCGUACGGUACAACGUCCCAGGAUUACACGAAGUCUACGGAGGCGCCCACGACUUCCACACAAACUCCAGCCGACGACACCACAACAACACAGGCCACUACGCAGAGGCCAUCCACUACGUCAGUUCAGAGUCACACGUGGAUCGUCAACGAACGAGAAACCACGAUGGCUAUUCCGCAGUCUGUUCCGACGGAGCAGACGUGGGUGGUAGUCGACGAGGCCGAUGCCAGUGGUCAGCAGACAACCACACCGACGCAAAGUGAAACCGCCAGCCAGACCACUUCCACCUCGUCGAUGGCAGACUGGUCCACGGUGACCGACAUGGUUACCUCGAUAUCGUGGGUCGACAUGACGGAGCUAUCUACGACGCAGAAGCCGCCGCCAGAUGUACCCGACACAACGCCGCUACCGUCGGAACCUCCUCCUCCGCGUAAACCAGUUCCUCCUACCGCGUCUACCACCGUAGCGACGACUUUGAGUGCCGCCACUGGCACUGAUAUCGCGGCGACAGAUUUCGUCACUGUCAGCCCAGACUCAUCGGAGGCGCCCUCACUCGAACUGGUAAGCGCUACGGCUCCUGCGACGUCCACCAAAGAAGAAGUUAUUACGCAAGCGCAGACAACCACUCAACGGCUGACGUCAACUGCGCGACCGACUACCUCCCAGCCCGCCACUCCUACGCCAGAGGUAGCCACGACGACUACCACGCGGCCAAGGCCCAUACUUACGACUCUCGCGCUCACCACACGCCGCACUCCGACAACCACUGCACAAGAGACGACAGUCCCGACCACGACAACAGCUCGUACGACGUGGAAGUACACGACGGUGCCGACCUACACCGUCUCGGAAGAGCGCAAGACCACGACACAAGCGCCGACGACGAAGAGGGCAACCACGCCUCCAACGACUGUUCAGUCGACACUUCCAAAAGCAACGACCACGACAACUGUGCCGACGACUACGGUGACAACGGGGCCGACGACCAUUUCUCCUGACAAGGACAUUCGGAAAAUAUGCGGCCGGCCGAGGACAGUACCAAGCGCGAGGAUUGUGGGCGGCGAACAGACAAAAUUUGCUCAGUGGCCUUGGAUGAUAUCCCUGCGGCAGUUCAAACGAAACAACUUCCUGCACAAGUGCGGAGCGGCGCUACUCAACGAAUAUUGGGCCAUCAGCGCGGCCCACUGUGUCCACAACGUGUCACCCACUGACAUCCUUCUCCGACUGGGCGAGUACGACCUGAAGAGUGAGCGUGAGCCGCUGUCGCACGUGGAACGGCGCGUGCAGAUCGUGGCCACGCACCCACGCUUCGAUGCCAGCACCUUCGAGUACGACCUGGCCCUGCUGCGCCUCUACGAGCCCGUGCCCUUCCAGGACAACGUGAUGCCCGUCUGCGUACCCGACACCAACGACACCUUCGUUGGUCGCAGUGCCGUUGUCACCGGAUGGGGACGUCUGUACGAAGAUGGACCCCUUCCGAACGUCAUGCAGAAAGUCAGCGUGCCCAUUAUUACCAACAAAGAGUGUGAGAUCAUGUACCGUAAGGCCGGUUUCAUCGAGGACAUCCCCAACAUCUUCAUCUGUGCCGGCCUUGCCAAAGGUGGCAAGGACUCCUGUGAGGGCGACUCUGGUGGGCCACUGGUGUUGAAAGAUCCGACAACGGGGCAGUGGUCACUCAUUGGUAUCAUCUCGUGGGGCAUCGGCUGCGCCUUGCCAAACCAGCCCGGCGUGUACACGAGGAUCACGCAUUUUGCCGACUGGAUUCGGCAGAUAAUCGUCUUCUGAUGUCCAAUGGGAUUCUUAGGCGGCUAUUCUACUUCACAAGGGCUAAUGACAUUACAGCGGCGCCGCUGCACAUCUCGGCCGGUCCGGAAGCUUACCUGCCUGGUCAUUAGCUUGGCAGCAGCACUAUCGUCGCAGGAAAAAACGCCCAGGAAGAGGGAAGGGGGGAGGGAGGGAGGGAAAGGUGCUUCUUCGCAAUGUGCUCAUUCUAUGGUGGUAGGGUGACCACAUUUCGCUUCAACUGCAAGGAACUGUUGCCUUUUCUGGUGUUUUCCCGUAUGGCUCAAUGUCCGCACACUUCUUCACACUCUACGUAACCGCAUUUAAGGUUCAGCUGACGUCACGCACAGACUGUUAUAACGUUGGGGUAGCGUGUAGUGGCGCUUGUGGGACGUGACGCAUAGGGGGCUCACAAAGAAGCGACCACAUUGUGCAAUCUCAAAACUAAAUACUUACGAAAUGGUUCUAUAUAUCCAAAUUAAAACAGCUAGUGUGCGUGUGUGUAAAUAUACAUACAUCAUUAUAACAUUUUCUUGUAAUGCACGACGCUCUUCCGGCAAGGCCCAGAAGCGUCGAAAAAUGCCGUUUUAAGCUAGCACGAAUCAAAAUUUAUUGCUUUUAUUUCUCCUCAUUUCCCAUAAAAGCAUAAUUUAUUUCAUUAUUUAUUUCUAGUGCCAUUGCUCCAAUGAGUUUGUAAUGCGUCACUUUUAAACUAUUACAAAGGGUCAUUCCGUGAGCACCUUUGUUGUUUGUUGUAUCGAUACUGCUGUAUUGAUUGCUCUAAGCUGUUAGGACCACCACUGUAUUGCAAAUGUCACCAAGGUGGACGACGCAAAUGCUGCAUCGAGGACUGGCAGAAAGAUUAGCGGACCCAGUGUUUCCAUGACAUGCCUUUUCUUUGAUCAGAUGGCUUGUUCCACCUAAUGAGAACAACAUAUUGUAUGCAUUUUUUUUCAUUUAUCUGUUCAUGUUACUUCCUGUUCUCUUUUAAUGAAUUGACGCUCUUUCCCUCACAGCUCGAGGUAAGAGAGUAUGCUGUGAAGCAAUCUACAACCUGUGAUAGUCAAAAGUGCCUUUAACUACCUUUAUAGCAAAAUAAAACUAUUCAAGCUAAAGAAAGAGCAUUUCGAUAUGUAGCAUGCACAAUACCGCGCUUGUCAGCAGUACAGAGAGCGCGAUGCCAAAAUUUGCAUACGCCGGGCGGGGUAAUAGAACAAUUAUAGUAACCUUUCGGUGAUAGCGUGAAACCUUACUUUGUUUGGUUUCCUUGAUGUUAUAUAACGAUGAGAGGAACAGCUGGACCUCACUUAUGUAGGAAAACACGCGUACUUUGAGAAAUUGAGCAUCGAAGGCUACUCACUUGUCUUAGCAAAGUUAGUGACUAUGCACAAAGCGCAAGGUAUAUAUGGCAAUAAUUCAGUAGCGUACCCAGUUUUCUGAAGAGAUUUUACUCAGGCGUGCCUACGUGUUACCAGCGUAAUUACACUCGUAAGCUCUUGACAUCUCGUGAUGCUUAUAUUCUUGAGCAGUGCAUAUAAAUGGACGUAAGGCGUAAUCAAUGAGCUGAUUAAUCUCCGUGAAGAAAGUUUCUCUGCUUUUUUGUCGCCGAAAAAAAGAAUGUUUGAUGACAAUAGAGAGCAUGGCACAUCUUGAAGAACCCCACUUCAGGAAAUUUCAGUCACUAGCAACAGUUCUGGCACUGCCUAUGUCCAUGGCACAGCGGUUACAAUGGGACAUAUACGUGUACGCUAGGUCAUCGUUUUCAGGUUCUGGAUUUGCUUAAAUGCAGCGACUACAACCAUUACAAAUGAAUAGAUGUAGCGUCUCCACCUACAAAUUACAAACUAAAGCUCAAUGAUAGUCAUCUGUAUUCCAACCGUUCCAAAGUUCUCUAAUCCGGCACUGCGAAAUCCUGCUAUUUGCUCGAUGACAUCACUGUCCAGAUCUGCUCCGUGUAGUAACUAGCUAUAUUUAAAAAGUUAUAAUUGCCCUAUUCGCAUCAUCCUGCGUUGAGAGUGUAAAGUGACUUAUGCCCAGCCAGGUUGCAUGGCGUUGACAUUGAUGACGCCACAUGCGAAACCACAUUUCAAGGUACGACCAGCUGUGGCGUGCAAUGACAGAUUCUGUCGAGUAUUCGAAGAAGGUGUUUCACGAAAUAUACGCCAUUCAAUGUUCUUGACAAAGUCUUCCUCGGGUAAGCGAUUCCAUCCAAGUCGCCCAAAGUUCAUUUCAAAUAUAAUGAACCUAAAUGCCCGAUGAUGUUUUCACGUAGAAGACUAUUUUACAAAGUGUACGUAGUUAUUUAUUAAACUCAUUCAUCGUCGA